GCGGCGGGCGCGCGGGGCGCGGGCCGGCUCGGGCGCGGAGGAUGAAGUGGAGCGUCCGCGGGGCCUGCGCCGCGCUCUCCUCCUGCCUGCUGCUCGCCUGCGCGCUCAGCGCCGCCGCCGUCGGCCUCAAGUGCUUCUCGCUGGGCUCGGAGCUGCGCGGGGAGCCGUUCCGGCUGGGGGCGGCCGCCGGCGCCUUCUACUCGGGGCUGCUGCUGGCCGCCGGCCUCUCGCUGCUCGGCGCCGCCCUGCUCUGCUGCGGGCCCCGGGACGCGCCGCUCGCGGGGCCGGCGCGGGGCCCGGGGCUCGGGGCGGCCGCGGCGCGCGCGGGGGCCGCGGAGGCCGCGCCCGGGGAGCCGGGGAACGGCGCGGGGCCCGCGGGGCCGGCGAAGAGCCACAACCUGCUCCUGCUCGGCGUCCUGGUCUUCAUGCUCGGGGUCCUCAGCGCCUUCGCGGGCGCCGUGAUCGACGGCGACACCGUGUCGCUCGUGGAACGCAAGUACUCGCACUACUGCCUGCCGCCCCGCGCGCCGCCCGCGCCCCCCGCGCCGCCCGCGCCGCCCGCGCCGCCCGCGCCCCCCGCGCCCCGCGCCCGCAGCGCCCUGGACAGCGCCACGUCCGCCAAGUGCCGCCAGCUCAAGGACUACCAGCGCGGCCUGGUGCUCUCCACCGUCUUCAACUCGCUCGAGUGCCUGCUCGGCCUGCUCAGCCUGCUGCUCGUCAAGAACUACCGCGCGUCGCAGGCUCGGCGCGGCCGGCGCGGCCGGAGGAGGGCGGCCCGGGCCCCGGCGCGGCCCCGCGGCGGCCCCGGGCUCCGCGCGCAGCCUGCGGCCUCCCGGGCGCGGCGGGGCCGGCGGGGGCGGCGGGGGCGGCGGCUGCAGCCGCGGCCGAGCGAGGCGUCCAUCCUGGCGCCGGAGGAGUCGGACCUGGCCGCCCCCGGGGACUGCGCGGGCCUCGCGGCGCGCCACGCCGUGUCCUACAUCAGCGUGGGCGUCCUGCACGCGCGGGACGAGGCGGGCGCGGAGGUGCGCUGCGGGGGGCACCCGUCGGUGGAGCUGCCGGGCUACGCGCCCUCGGACCCCGACCUCAACGCCUCCUACCCCUACUGCUGCCGGCCGCCGUGCGAGGAGGCGGGGCGCGCGUGGGAGCCGGGCCGGGCCUGCUGAGCGCCGGGCCACGCGGACCGCGGGCCGCGGGCCGCCGACCACGGGCCACGGGCCGCCGACCACGGGCCACCGGCCACCGGCCACCGACCACGGGCCACCGGCCACCGACCACCGACCACCGGCCUCGGCCCCCGCAGCGAGCAGGACCCGCGCGGCGCUGCACUCCCAGGGGCGCCCCGGCCCCGCUCGCGGACGCCCCCGCCGCCCGGCCCGCCCUCCGCUGUCACCAUUUCUGUGUCUGGGAGGUUUCCCUUCUUUUCUGUGUCUGUUCGUACCCGGAUUCCAUUUUAAAGUUUACAAUAAAUGUCUCGGGGUUGCCUCGCCCCCAGCGCACUUCUCUGUGGCAAGUCCGGUCCAGGGUGAGAGCUCAGAGAGCCAGGGCGGCCUCCCGGGAGGAAGGGCCCAGGCUGCGCGGACGGACGGACGGACGGAGCAGCCGCUGCUUUAGGGACGGCUGACGCGAAACUGCGCCCAACAGCAACACUUUGUACACGGAUGUGCCUGCUUUUGUUGAUACUUUCUUACUGUAAAGCUCUCCAUAAACGGUGAAAAUGUUUGGUAAAUUUAUUGCGAUUUAAAAUUGGUUAGUUCCUUUAUUAAAUCAAUUGCUAUGUUAUUGGA